UCCGAAGUGUUAUUAUUGAUUUUUGAAUAAGUAUAUGGAGUACGUAUAUAUAUAUAAUAGUGCGCAGUUUACUAAUUGUCAACAUUUUACAAUUACGCUCGUCGCGUACGUAAGAUAAUAAAAUAAAUAUAAACAAUGAUAUCAUAUGUAUUUUACUUAAACAAAUCUACGAUGAUCGUGGAAAUACAGUGCGAAUUCAGCGGCACAGCGAAUGAAACCUGCAUCUAACCUAACAUGACGUGUCUGGCUUUAAGAAGUACUACAAAUUAAAAGGGUGAUUUCGGUAGUGCCCUAACAAUUCACUAACAGUAGUAAAUAAAAUAUUUUUUGCUAAAAUCAUGGGCGGCUCUGUCAGCCAAGUCUUUCAAUCAGGCAGUGCCCUGCUCUCAACCAGCCAUGGCCAUAAAGUGUCCGAUCCAACCAGGCAGAAAGUGCAAACAGUGUUUGAUGCAUUGCGUGCCAACCCCAAAGUCAGUGUGCAAAGACUAGAAGGACUUCUACAGCAGAUCCCCAAACACGAGAAUAUACUUGCAAUACAUGAUGACGCUGGUUACAACCUGCUGCAAAAGUGUGUUGGUGCUAACAAUGUUGAUUUAGUGAGGUGGUUGUUGGCACGGCACAAUGCAGAUGUCAACAGGUGUCCUUGCAGUUUACCCUUGCACAUAGCCUGUCUCAAAGGUCAUGAUGAGUGUGUUGAUUUGUUGUUGAAAAAUGGAGCUAAAGUUGAUGUGGAAGCAAGAAUGUGCUGGCCAGGGACACACAGCAGCAACUGUGAAGAGAUUGGAAAAUACUCUGCUAUUCAACAGGAUGAGGCAUGCAUUGAAAGGGAUAGGGACAGGGCUCCAAGUAAACUGCAGUCUGCAAUGUACUAUGCCCUGGAUGGUGAUCAAGUCAAUAUACUCGUUAUGUUAGCGCAGAAAUGCGAAGAUCUAUGGAAUGUUGUAUUUCGAUCACGUAAACCGCUUUUGCAUGCGGCUUGCGAGAGAGGGGCCUGGAGAUGCACCCAAUUCCUUGUGACUGAGCGCAGUGAAGAAAUACACAUCCUGAAGGAUGAAUAUUAUCCGAUACAUUAUGCUGUGUCGCACGACAGCAAAUUCCUAGAGUUGUUAAUCACCGCAGGAGCUGAUACGACGGUGCGAACAAGCACACAGCAGAUGACUUUACUACACGUUGUUCUUUUAGUUGCUCAUAAGUCGGCGGAAGAUACAAUAUCAACUAUACGAUUGCUGUUGGAUAACGGAUGUAAGGAAUUAAUAAAUACACCGGAUACUUUGGGAAAUACGCCAUUACACGCCCUCAUAGUAAGAUACGCCCUGGAGGAAGCCAGAUAUGGUUACGAUAAGUGGAACAAAUGGGAUGUGCUGCAUUUGGUAAGGUACCUCCUUCAAUCCGGUGCAAAGCAGUCGAUAAAUCAAGCCGGUAAUUCCGCCCUGGCUUGCGUCUUGAGGCACGUCAGAGACUGGGAAAUCUGCUACGAAUUGCUCAACAUGCUCUUGAACGAAGGCGGCCUACCAAAUAUGGUCGGAAGAGAUGGAUCUGUGCCAAUUAUGAUUUGCCUUGUGCCAUUAAUCAACAAGGAUCCUUUGCACCAUUUCACUCAUAGCAUGAAGGUGUGCUAUUUGAAUUGCAUUAGGAUCUUACUGAAGUACGGCGCGAAUCCGAACUGCAGCUACCGCGCCAACUUGACGCCGCUGCACGUACUGGUCUUCACCGUGUCCGAAAACAUCACUUUGAACUGUGAUAGCCAGAAGAAGUUGAACUUCGAGUUUAUUAAAAAUUUGUUAAUACUGUUGCUCACCCACGGGCUAGAUCCCAAUGUGAGGGUCAGCAACAAAACUCAGCACAUCCUUCAAUCAUGCAUGGACAUGAUCCAGAACGUGCGCGACUGCAAGGACAUCAAUUACAUCUACGACCUGACACUUACUCUCAUCCAAUACGGAGCGAACGCUGAUUUGAGCCUCAAUAUCUCGGAGGCUAUCAAGAAUCAGCCGAUACAACAUUCUCAGACGUUCUGGAAGAGCAAGAACUACAUACUGUAUUACUACAUUAUGCUUGUUUCGCGCAAAGAGAACAUCAUCAUGGAUCCCAACAUGUCCUUCUCGAAAAUAAUAAUGCUAUUUUACCUUGUGAUGGAGCACAGGCAAUUAUUCGAGUGCCUGCAAAUACUGUACACGCAACAGCUAAGCUUGGUUCCUGGUAAAAUGACGGAACCUCUUACUUACAUCAUACGCCAUUUGUACAAAAGACCUCGCAGUCUUAAGCAAAUGUGUCGCGUAAGGAUACACAACUGCAUGGGUAGGAAGCCCGGUCUGUUCAUCAACAAGCUUAAUCUUCCUACACCUCUUAAAGAUUAUUUAUUGAAUUUCAAACCGUAAGGUAUGGCACAUAAUAACGAUAUUUUUGGUUGAGCUGCACUUUUAUAAUUUACGUAGUAUUCGAAGUGGUUAAGUUGAUUUAUUGCCAAACAGGGUUUUGUACAAAAUAGCAACAAAAUGCCAAAGAUUUAUUAGAUCUGAGAUUUUAUAAAUUCUUUUAGUGUGAAGUGAAACCCAGCGGCAAGAUUUUAU